UGACGUUUCACAAAAUACAAUGCACCGCCACCAACUGGACAUGGAGUGUGUAACAAGGGGGUUACUGUUCAAAUAGUUUCAACAUUAUAUUAUUUUGGGUUUCCGCAGUCUGUUGAAAUAACAGUUUUUUGCAACUUCCAUCUACUGCUUCGGCGUCCAGGCGUCACAUCUGCAUUCAUAUGUCCCGCCUGUGUGAAUGAACCAUGGGGAGGAACGCAACACGCACAGUCACUCCGCUUCUAGUCAAAAGUGCUGUGGAUACCAUGUCCAAAUAGCUGAUGCGUUACCAGAUAUGGACACAAGACAAAGGGAACCAGUCACACAUCGGAGGCACUGACAGAAGAGGAUAGGUGUGAAUGAAUCUCCUGGUGCGAGAUGUAACAGGAUGCUGAACCAUCACUGCAGAAGGAAUCCUGAACUUCAAGAGCUGCAGAUCCAGGCUGCAGUGGCAGCAGGGGAUGUCUACACCGUCCGCAAGAUGCUGGAACAGGGUUAUUCACCCAAAAUUCGGGAUGCCAAUGGCUGGACCCUGCUCCACUUCUCUGCAGCGAAAGGGAAGGAGAGAUGUGUUCGGGUCUUCCUGGAGCACGGAGCUGACCCUACAGUGAAGGACUUCAUCGGGGGCUUCACGGCGCUGCACUACGCAGCCAUGCAUGGGCGUGCGCGCAUCGCCCGCCUCAUGCUGGAGUCGGAGCACCGCGGCGAUAUCAUCAACGCCAAGAGCAACGACGGCUGGACGCCGCUGCACGUGGCGGCGCACUACGGGCGCGACUCGUUUGUGCGGCUGCUGCUGGAGUUCCACGCCGAGGUGGACCCGCUGAGCGACAAGGGCACCACCCCUCUGCAGCUGGCCAUCAUCCGCGAGCGCUCCAGCUGCGUGCGCAUCCUGCUGGACCACAGCGCCAACAUCGACAUCCAGAACGGUUUCCUGCUGCGCUAUGCUGUCAUCAAGGGCAACCACUCCUACUGCCGCAUGUUCCUGCAGCGCGGCGCCGACACCAACCUCGGCCGCCUGGAGGAUGGCCAGACGCCGCUGCACCUGUCGGCGCUGCGCGACGACGUGCUCUGUGCCCAGAUGCUCUACGCCUACGGCGCCGACACCAACACGCGCAACUACGAGGGCCAGACUCCCGUGGCUGUGUCGGUCAGCAUGUCAGGCAUCAGCCGGCCUUGCUUGGACUUUCUACAGGAAGUCACCAGACAACCCAGGACUUUGCAGGACUUGUGCAGAAUUAAAAUCCGGCAGUGCAUAGGCCUUCAAAGCCUGAAGUUCCUGGAAGAUUUACCCAUUGCUAAGGUCAUGAAAGACUACCUAAAACACAAGUUCGACAAUGUCUGAUGACAGCCAAAACACUUAAUGACAUGGCAUUUUCUUCUGCUUAAGACUAUGCAAACUGUUAUCCUUUCUACUCGUGAACUCUGAGAACAGGUGCACAGUUUUUAUACGAAAUGAGAUGAAUGCACAUUUCUAUUUAGCUAUAUGAUUAUAAAAUCAGUGAAAGUCAGUGAAGGAAUGGCAAAGCCUAGUUGCUGCGAUGGUGUGGAUAUUUAACUGAAGUAUCAUACUUGACCACUGAAACGAAUCAGUAAACGAAGUUUGUACAGGAGCGAAUUCUACAAAAUUCGGUUCUCCAAGUUGGUAGGAGGCUGUUAAUUUUGCGGCAUUUCGUAAUCACCAAAGCCUAGUGUAGUUUGUUUGAAUUUCAGUCGUCUGGAUCAAAUGACCAUAGAACAGAGAUUCUUCUGCUCCCAGUCUCAGGAGGUUAGUGGCCUGUUUCAGCAGUUGCUUUUCCUCUUAUCCAACACGAGACAUUUAUAAGGUACCAGGAGCUUUAUUACUUACGCAGAACGGAGCUGCUAAAGAAUCCUUGACUGAGGUCAUCCUAUAGAACUCCUUACAGCUUUGGCGUUAAAUAUAAACAAGACGAUAAUCUUUGGAAGGGGGGUGGGGGUGAGGUUGGAGUUUUUAAAGAAGGAAAAAAAGAAAGAAACAUUGAAGCUCAGUGUAGAAAAGCAUCAGUUUCUGUCACAAGUCAUCACAGUUCAUAUGCUUCAACCAUGGAUCAGUGAUUCAGGACACCCAUUUGUGGGAAAGCGAGAAAGAGCUCCCACACUUUCCAAGUAUGUGCAUCUCUACACAGACAGUUCUGGUGCUUUGUCUUGAUGUCAUUUCUGAGAUGGGGCUAUUGCAUUGUUUUAAGUGUUUCUAGUUUGGCUUCGAGUGCUCAUUUGUUCUAGGCGACAAGCGCCAAAUCAGUGUUUUGUAGAAAGCAGACAUCAAUAUCAUCGUUUAAUUUGAAAAAGCAGCAUCUUAGCAUAGUGAGUUCUUGACGUUGAAAGUGGCCAAAUGCAAUCCCAAACAUGUUUAACAGAAAACUGUCUAUAUUCACAGAAUCAUUAACAAAGAAAAUGUAAAUAAUUGUGUUAUAUGUACAGCAAAUAUUUUUCUAGAAUUAUUUAAACAAACUCAAUUUCAAAGUGUGUUUUGAAAGUCUCUUUUUUGUCGUGUUUGGCUCAUGUAUAAUUGCUCUUUCUUUUUAUGUGAUUGUUUGAAGUCUUUAAAGAGUUAGAAAUUGGAAUUAAGACAAGAUUUCAAAACAAUAAACUGCAACGUAAUAUUGAUUUUGGGUUGUUUUCCCACACACUACAAAAAGUAUAUAAGAUACCUUAAUAUGUUUUCAGAAAUUCUUGUUUGCAUUGUCGAAAAUGAACAGUGAAUCAAUACGUUCUAUUGGGGCGAUUCUUUUAUUGCAUUUUCCAUUCCAUAAGAUAAUUGAUUUGAUAAAAAGUAUUUUAACUGAAUCUUUGGCAUCUUUUGUGGUGUUAUGGUUAGUUUACUCUUUGCUCUCUCAGGCAAAACCCUGUCAUAGGAAAAGAGAAGCAGACACUCAUAUUUCGACAGUGUUCGUGGACUGCGAAAGUGUACAGGAAGAGUGUGCAUUUUCGGGAGAACUAAGUCUCAUUUUGAUUGCCCUUACAUGGCCUUGGGACUCUAAAUUAAAUGCAGUCAUGAUUUCACAGGUCAAACCCCUGUCGGCCUUUUCAACCCGGUCUGCCGUCCGGUCUUCUACUCAGAACGACUGCUUCUGGCUUCCCAAGUGUAGUGUGGCGUGUGCUUCAACCUCUGUGUUCUGCUCUCCUGUCUGCCUUUUUUUUUCUCUUUUUUUUUUUAAAGAAGGAAAAAAAAAAAACGUGCAAGUCACUGGUGACUUCAGUGUGCUCUCCGCAUCUCUCUCGGAGGCACGCUCGUCUCCACAAAUACUUUAACCACCAGCUGCCUUUGCCAUUGUUGUCGCAUGAAGCGUAGGAUUACAGUGAAACACAGACUUACAGAAUGUCACAAGGAGGGAGUGUUAAUUUGUCUUAUUGCGUUUUUUAUUACAGUUUUGGCAGUCCUGUGGGUCUAUUUGAAUACUGCAGCAUUUUGUAAGAUUUUGUAUGAGGUGUGUGUGUGUGUGUGUGUGUGUGUGUGUAUACUGUGUAGAUAUGUUUGGAAGUGUUUGCAUUUAUUCUGUGUGUAAGAGGUGGCAAGGGGCAUGUGUGUUGCUGUUGUAAUGUUUGGCACUGCAGAGUUUGGAGGACCGAAGAUGGUUCAUUUGUUGUCAGGGAAUCUAAGAGCUUAGUAGGAAAAGUCUAUGAAAUAAUCCCACGUCUUCCAUGCCAUCAACUACUGAAUGUACAUAAUAUGCUGUUUGCGGAAUUGUUAAUGUAAAAAAUGUGUGAAUAAAAAACCCUGGCAUAA